UUCGCUUACGCUGACGCUCGUUGGAAACAUGUCGGCAGCUGAAGCAGCGACAAAGGAGUCAAUAGAAGGAAAUGACUUGGAAAGUGAGUCGAUAGCUGGGCCCAGUCAAGUCAAGCAGGGCAAUGCAGACAUCACCAUGACUGCUGUUGGCAGGAAAGCAGAACCAAUCGGCGGUGUACAGCCGGUGUUGAGUUCUCAGCAGCUGGGAAGGGAUGCGCCCAAAGAUGGAGAGGAGGAUGGAGAGAAAUGGUCAGCUGAUUCCUCCCCACUUCACAAACCAGGGCAUGCAGCCAAAUCCUUGCAAAUGGUGUCGCCCUCCAUGUUGUCCUCCUCGCCUUCUACGUCUUUGACGUUGUCCCCAGGCCGAGCAAAGAUGAGUGUUUCGGGGCCUGUUAGUAGUAAACCUGUCCUGCCGUCUGCGCCGCCAUCUUCCUCCUCUCCUUCGCCCUUAUGUGAAUCCCCUAAAAUCCAUCGAGCACGCAAAACAAUGAACAGGCCGCCUCUAGUGCAGAAGAGCCAAACUGAUACACCUGGUGCUCCGGUGCCUCCUUCAGGGUCAUCCUCAGACACAGAAACUGUUGCAAAAAAGAGAAAACUGGACCACAUAUCUGCCAGCACUCCUGAGAAGACCUUGUCGGAAAAUACACAAAAUACGGAUUCAGAAUCGGAAUCACAAAGAAACACACCCCUUCAAAACAAGUCUCAAGACUUCCUAUGGAAUCAGGCCGGCGAGGGGAAUGAUCGAAUCAUCUCUGAUGCGGUGGAGGCUGUUGGAGAUGGAAGAUCCACAGAGUACACAGAGGUUCCCUUAGGUGCCCUGGACAUUGCUGCUGCUGAUAGUCUGACGCUCUCACCUCAUCAUGAUGGAAGUGAUGGUGGCGACACAGAGCGGCUGGAGGAGCUUCCUUUGUGCAGCUGCAGAAUGGAAGCCCCUCGUGUUGACAACGCCAGCCACUAUGUCAGCCGACAGUGCAUGGCCACUGAGAGCAGCAACGGAGAGCUGAGGGCUUGUACUAAUGUGACAAGCAAAGGGGAGACCAUGCGGCCAUCUAGCAGGGUGCCCCUCAUGGUGCUUUGCGACACCCAUCGCUCACAUAUGGUCAAGCACCAUUGCUGCCCCGGCUGUGGCUACUUCUGUAUAACCGGAACAUUCCUCGAGUGCUGCCCGGACCAGCGCAUCGCCCACCGUUUCCACCGGGGGUGUGUGACAGUGCUUGGGGGCGGACGUAGCAGGGCAAAUGGCGGAAUGCUCUUCUGCCCCCACUGUGGUGAAGAUGCUACAGAGGCUCAAGAGGUCACCAUAUCUUCUAGCUCAACAGCAGCCUCGGCGACGAAGGUUGUCACCAUGUCAGCGUCCUCUACCACGACACCGUCUCUGCCGCCAUCUGCCCCCCCUGCGCCCUCGCUCACGGCCUCUACAGGCGGGAUGAAGGAUGGGAAAAUGCCUGAAAGGCCUGUCAGUGCACGUAUGCGCAGCCAUGGAAUGGCAACGUUAACCGUGGAGCAACAACAACAGCAACCGACCCAACCUGUACCCGCCACUGCAUCCGUCACCACCAUUCCCCCUCCCGAGGAGGGAGUGGACAGCGUGGGUCCUUCUGUCUGUAUGCCGAACGGGAAACCUGUUAGUGCCAGUGCUCUUCCACCAGGACCCAGCAGAGCAGCGCUACAAAAGGCUAUUCUCACACAGGACACUGAAAGGAGAAAAAAACUGAGGUUCCACCCCCGCCAGCUUUACCCUGCUGCCAAGCAAGGCGAGGUGCAGAGAGUUCUACUUAUGCUAAUGGAGGGCAUUGACCCCACAUACCAGCCUGACUCUCAGAACAGGCGCUCUGCUCUACAUGCUGCCGCGCAAAGAGGUCUCCUGGAAGUCUGCUACAUACUUCUACAGGCAGGUGCUCACAUUGAUGCCCAGGACAAGGACUUUAGAACGCCUCUACUGGAAGCCAUUGUGAACAACCACAUUGAAGUGACUCGAUACCUGGUCCAGAAUGGUGCGUGCGUCUACCACAUUGAGGAGGAUGGCUAUACUGGACUCCACCAUGCAGCCAAACUUGGCAACUUGGAAAUUGUCAGCAUGCUGCUGGAGACGGGACAGGUUGAUGUAAAUGCACAGGACAACGGUGGUUGGACGCCAAUCAUCUGGGCUGCAGAACAUAAACACGUGGAGGUGAUCAAAGUGCUGCUGAACCGAGGCGCUGACGUGGCCAUCAAUGACAAGGAGCUGAAUGUAUGUCUUCACUGGGCAGCGUAUGCAGGAAACGUUGAUAUAGCAGAGAUGGUGUUGAACGCUGGAUGUUCACUCGCAGCAGUAAACUUGCAUGGAGACACGCCGCUCCACAUCGCUGCCAGAGAGGGUUACUUGGAAUGCGUUACGUUGUUUCUCUCCAGAGGUGCAGAUAUUGACACCAUGAACAGGGAAGGAGACACGCCCCUCACCCUUGCACGCCCAGAUACGCCGGUAUGGGUUGCACUCCAAAUCAAUAGAAAGAUACGAAGGGGAAUAACCAAUCGCAUGCUUCGGACAGAAAGAAUCAUAUGCAGUGACAUCGCCCAGGGCUACGAGAACGUACCCAUUCCAUGUGUCAACGCGGUGGACGACGAAGGCUGCCCUUCAGACUACAAAUACGUUUCAGAAAACUGUGAAACGUCUGCAAUGAACAUAGAUCGUAACAUCACACAUUUACAGCACUGUGGCUGCACGGACGACUGCUCGUCGAGUAACUGUCUCUGUGGACAGCUCAGCAUCCGGUGCUGGUACGACAAGGACCAGCGGUUGCUUCAGGAGUUUAACAAGAUUGAACCCCCACUUAUAUUUGAAUGCAACAUGGCCUGUUCUUGUCACAGGACAUGUAAGAACAGAGUGGUACAGGCUGGUAUCAAAGUUCGCCUUCAACUCUACAGGACUGAGAAGAUGGGUUGGGGCGUUCGAGCAUUGCAGGACAUUCCCCAAGGAAGCUUCAUCUGCGAAUAUGUGGGGGAGCUCAUCUCGGAUGCAGAAGCCGAUGUUAGAGAGGAUGACUCCUACCUUUUUGACCUGGACAAUAAGGACGGGGAGGUGUAUUGUAUUGACGCCCGUUACUACGGCAACAUCAGCCGCUUCAUCAACCACCUUUGCGACCCCAACCUCAUCCCAGUGCGUGUGUUCAUGCUGCACCAGGACCUGAGAUUUCCUCGCAUUGCCUUCUUCAGCUCCAGAGACAUCCUCAGUGGCCAAGAGCUAGGGUUUGACUAUGGAGACCGCUUUUGGGACAUUAAGAGCAAGUACUUUACCUGUCAAUGUGGUUCGGAGAAAUGCAAACACUCUGCAGAGGCCAUUGCUUUGGAGCAGAGCAGACUGGCCAGAAUGGAGGCCAGUCCAGAGGCGGGAGCAGACAGUGGAUUAACGAUACCCGGACACCUUUAAAAGAACCCAAACUCACCCUAUUAACAUGCUGCAUUGAAAAAAAAAAAUGAAGCAUUUCAUAUGUUGUUGUUCAAUAUGUGGUGUAUUUUAUUUUAUUUUAUGUGAUACUAACAGAUUUGCAACAUUAACUUUUAUCAUUCAUUUACAACAUAGGCCGAAAACACUCAAACACUCAGUGCUUGUUAUAUGAGGCCAACUUUUGUUUACAUACUGUAUGCUUAUUGUGCUUAUUGUACAGUGUAUAUUUGACAAAGCAGGUUUGAGUAUUAGUUUGCCAUUGUGUAACACAUACACUCAAUAUUUCCUGUUGUGCCAAGAAACAAGCGGCAUUUUUUACACAAUCCAGACAACUUCUGACCUAAUGUGUAUCUGUACGGAGGAAUAGGAUUUCCAUUUGCAUUGCCUUUUAUUGUUUUGAUUUUUUUAAAACAUGUUUUUUACUUUACUAUAAUAAAUUCAGGACAAUGUUUUUCACAUUGCAUCCUA